CCAGCAGCCGCAGGUCCGUCGUCUCGCCGAUGGAGCUCGGCAAUGGCAGCCAAAGACCUACGAAGUAGGCAGCUGCCGCGGGCCCUCUCCCGGUGACGUAUGUGAUCUCUAAAUUCUGCUACGUCCGCCUCUGUGUGACGGGAGCGCGCCCGCCCCGACGAUAGUGAGGGAACCGCGCUCGGGUUGUCCGCAACGUAGGACUAACAGUAGCAGCUUCAUCAUGGCCGGCAGGAGCGUUCGCGUCAUCACGCUGGGCGACCCCAACGACAUGGUCUGCAUGGACGGAGGCGUGCGCGUGAUCGCGGUCGACCCCUCGGCGCAGCAGCCCCAGAUGAUGCCCGCUUCCUGCCAGUCUUCGCUCACCAAGGUCUUCUGCGGCCCCGUGGAGACCAUCGGCAUGCCUGCGUGCCCGAAAAUCAAGGGGUCGCGCCUCGACUGGCGCAUCACGCCCGAGGGAGGCCUCGAGGUCACCGUGGGCAAACCGCUGACCAAGGAAGAGGAAGAGAAGCGGGAGCGAGACCGCUGCAAGGAGUGCCAGGACGACAAUAAAGACAAGGACAAGGACAAGGACAAGGCCGCCGCAAAGCCCGCCGCCGCCUCGGGCUCUGGAACGAAGCUGGCCACUCUGGCCAGCAUGAAGAGCAAGCUUUGCGACCCGCUCUCGCUGCUGGCAAACAAGCGGCUGCCAAUCUGCUUCGAGACGACGCUCGGCCAGGAGACGGCGCCGGGUCUGACGUCGGUCACCGUCAUCAACGAGCAGCCCGGCAAUCCGGUGAUGGUACAGCCACGGCCCGCGCCUGUGCCGUCUAGCAGAGGGUGUGGCCCUCCCGGUGUGCAGGUCAUCUGCAGCAGCGAUGGCUACGGCGGCUACCAACAACCCACUGUCACGACCUGCAGCGGUGGCGGUGGCGGCAGCGGCAACUUCACCGGUGUGCGCAUCCGGGCUGACUCGUCUUCCUCGAUGGGUCGGCGCUGCGAGCAGCUGCUUCCCGAGCCUUGUCCCGCGAUGCAGGCGAUACGCAUCAUGGACGACGGCAUGGCGAACCGUCGCAGCUCGUCCCGCGUGGUACACAUCUUCGAGGACCCGCCCGGACCGUCGCGGUCGACGCGAGGAUCGUCGCGCGAUCGACAGGUCACCGCACGCGUGGUGCACAUCGAGGAAGAGUGUCCCGACUACGGGUGAACUCUCGACGUUUCGCCACCGACUGCCCUUUGCCUCUGACGCCUACAGACAAGGUUUUACCAAGGAGACAAAGGGCUUGGACGCGCUGGCCGGCUGGCGAAUCUUAUUGGGACAGUAGCGAAAUCGUGAGGCUGGCUGUAUUAUCCGGGGCGCAGAUGGCACAUCCUGGAUUAUCUAUAAGCAAGAUUGACGGCCAAGCUGUGGGAAGCUUGUCCGAUACCGUGGCAGCGGUUUCGGCGGGUGACGUCAGGCCCACGUGCGGACACGUCGAAAUUCUUCUCUGCCUCCAAAAGCAAGAUCUAGACAUUCAUAGCUGAUAGAAAGCGGGAGACGGGACGCUGUGGUCUGGAAGGCUUAGCUGUGUCGGUGAUGCGUCCUUCAGGAACUGUUACAAAAGCGUUGGGUUAGCUUAUGUGCCACGUCACUGUAUUCUCGCUGAAGCGCUUGCAAGAAAAACGCUAACGCCAUUGUCGGCAACGAAUAGGCGCUUGAAGUCGAAGCCGCGCACAGCUGCGAGCUAAUGGACAAAUUGUCAUGAGGGCUCCCAGGAGGGCGACAUGAUGGUAAUAAUAAUAAAAAAAAAACAUUGGGCAUGAGAAA